GAGAGAGAGAAAAAUGUGUAUGCGCGCGCGAGCGCGACAGUGUGAUGCGGCUGGAGACGUCGUGUGCGUACGUGCGUGCGUGUGUGUGUGUGCGUGCUUGCGUGUGUGCGCGCGCGCGCGCGUGUGUGUGAUGAAUAGUAUUUCGGACUUUAUACAGGGUGUCUGGUAAUGAAGAUGCUAUCAGAAGUUCGUAAGAAGGUAGAACGGAUUGAGUUGACUAAAAGAGUCUUCUACGAUUUUGCAGACAGACACUCAAAAAAUAUUUUGAGAUAUUAAAUAAAGCAGAUUGGCAAAUAAGAGUGCACGCCUCGUAUGUACACCGAGGUAGUGGGCGUAGCUAAGCACGCCAACGGCCCCGUUACCUAGCAACGAUCAUAAACACGCAGCAAGGUGGGAAGGAUAACUCGCCGCUGGCAUUCUUUUCUAACGUUUUCUAAUAGAUCGCUUCAUCACUAUCGUAUCUUUAGAAUACUCAGAAAUCAUGUCUCAAAUUUUGAGACACGAUUAUAAUUAAAUAAUAAAUAAUGUUUAUUAUUAGUGAUUAGAAUGUACUAUCACUAUUAAUAAAGAAUUGAAGAGACAAGGAAGAAUUGAGUUAAUUGCUAUAGUUGCAUUAACUCAGCAAUGCAUACGUAAUAUUUCUUACGCAGACAUUUAGGUAAAAGCAUUUAGGUGACAUUUUUUAAUUCUAAAAAUGCUCGCGCAUGCAUUUAGCGCGACUCAUCAUGUCUCUUAAUAAAUUAUUGCAAUUAAAAUAAGAAUAUAAUUUUACACUCAUCAGUGUUGAUACUUGCAGGCUGUUUUAUAAUAAUAAUAAUGUUCUCGAAGAAUACUAAAGCAACGUUAUUGUGUGGUCCAAAGGAACUGAGCAAAUCUUUUAUGUUUGAGAUUGCAAUGUAUUGGGCAGAAAGAGGACGGCGUGUUGUUUAUAUUACGCCAGCACCUCUGGAGAGACGACCAGCAGUAUGUCAUGACAGAAGUAAUCCGGGGGUCGCGGCUCUUAAGUUAAUAAGAUUUAUAUAUCUCUCCAAUUACGAAGCUUUCGGAGAGCAGCUCAUUAAAUUACACACUUAUGCAACGGUACCUUCUGUACUUUUGAUAAAUGAUUUGGACGAUUACUUCAAUGAAGAAAGUGCCGAAAAUGACUUAAGCACAAAUAUCGCUAAAACUUGUGCUCUGAUAUUUCAUUCCAUGAAUUUGUGUUCACGAGUUACAAAAAUAAAUGUGCAUGUGUGCGCAUGGACUACCUCAAUACUCACUAAUAAUUUUCUUCAAACAAUUUACUUUCGCAAUAUCUGGAAUGUAACGGAAGAAGAAGGUGGAAAAGUAAUAUUAUUGGAAAAAUUAUUUACUACGUCAUCGUUGGAAUCAUAUAAAUAUGAUAAGUUUGAAGAUGGAAUGCGUGUUUUACAACAAAUACUAUAUGAUUCGGAAGAGGUUUGAUACUAUAUCCUUAUAUUCUCUUUAAUAUAUUUGUUACCAUCGUGUAGUUGGAAAAUGAAUAUUAAUUUAAGAAUAUUAUUGUGUUAUUUUAUUGUUUAUUGUAUUUAUGAAUUGUAUUAUAGAUAGAAAUAUAUGGCCAAUAAGUAAAAAA